AUGUCCUUAGACCUUAGUAAAAGACGACGUACCCGCGCACGUAUGUACUACCCCGAGAGCAUGUUCGGAAAGCCUAAGCCUAUGAGACUUAAAAAAACACUCGAUCUCAACUUCUUCAAACCCAGGUUAAUUAAAAUGGUAGCAAAACAUCAUUUUACGCGGGUGGAUACGAUGGAGCUGAAAAAUCUUAUUUAUCAGAAUAUUGGGCAUGCAAGAGCAGAAAAAUACUUCGAUCAGCUUAAAAGAUUUUUCAGUUUAAAGCUUAGCAAGGCCGAGUUUGAUCAGAGCUGCAUACAAACAAUUGGAAGAGAGAAUGUAUCUCUUCAUAACCGGCUUAUUCAAUCCAUUCUCCAGAAUGCAUGCCAGGCCAAAGUUCCCCCAUCAAAAGCUAGGAAAGUUAAAGGACCCCUCGGGGUUAAAGUUGCAAAUGGUUACCAAAGAAAUUGUAUGCAAUCACUCUAUGGUGAUGCAUUCCCCCCAUCUCCUCGCAGGCAUAGGUCUCCUGUCAACAGGGAUCAUCGUAAGUUUUGGGAUCGUCCGAGUCCACUUGGACCGCUAGGCAAGAGCCCUAGUAUCACAUUUGAAGAAACUAGUCCAAGAAUACAAGAACAACAAAGUGGAGCAGAACUGAGCUCUCUCGGUAGCAGACCACCCAUUGAAGUUGCUCCCGUUGAAGAUGGAGAAGAGGUUGAACAGUUUGCUGGAAGCCUAGGUAUUAAAAGUCGGACCCCUAUUACCGCUCCAUUUGGUGUUUCAAUAAACAUGGGUGGUGCUCGUAAAGCUCUUCACCGAGGUUUCAUGUUUAAUACUUGUCAAAACAGUGGCGAGUUACCUGAUAUGAGAACAUUGAGGAGUUGUUUGGAGCAAAAGUUGGAGGUGGAGGGUGUUGGAAUUUCGUUGGAGUGCGCUAACCUGUUAAAUAAUAGUUUGGAUGUGUAUUUGAAGAGGUUAAUUGAACCUUGUAUAGAGCUUGCAAGAUCACGGCGUAAUCAUGCCGGAGAGUUAAACGGUCAAAUAAGUACUGGAGGGAGAGGGGCAUUACCUGCAAGAUACACACAAAGACCAAGGCCCUCGACGUAUGUAAGUACGUCAGAUUUUCGUGUUGCGAUGGAGUCAGAUCCUCGUGUUCUGGGGGAAAAUUGGCCAGCACAACUUGACAAGAUCUGCAUUCUUUCCUUUGAGUAA